UAGUGGCGUACCUUCACGUCCGCCGUUGAACUUGACGCGCACCUCCUUGUCCAUAUACUUGGUCAGGUCGAGGAUGUUCUCCUUCUUGGGCUUCUCCUGCUGCUGUUGCGCACCGCCACCGGCACCGCCACCCUUGUGGCCGCCACGGCCGCCAGCCCGGUCGUAACCUCCGCCGCGGCCGCGGGCACCACCACGGAACGAGCCUCUUUCGGACAUGCUUGGCUGGGAAUCUGAGUCAAAGGAUUGGAGUGGUCGGGGUGGUCCAAUGACAGUGGCGUGGAUUAGAUAAUGCGGUAUCGGGUACAAAGGAGGGGAAAGAGGGGAAGCAGAGGGGGUGGAUGGUGGUGGAAGGGAGGGAGGGACCAGAAGACAGGCAGGCAGGCAGGCAGGCAGGCAGGCAGGCUUGCUCUGAGACGGGCUGGCCGCUUAGUGCGUGGAAUGGACCGGUGUGGGAGAAAACCAGGAUGGACCAGAUGGGGGGCCGGAGCUGAAGGGAAGGGGGGGGGCGGAGAGGCGAUGGCUGAUGGGGUGAUGUAUGAGGGAUUUUCAGGAGGGGUCAAGCAGCAGGGCAGCACUCAAGAGGUAAGAAAGCUCCAGCAACAGCAACAGCAGCAGCAGCAGCAGCAGCAAACAGCAUCAAAGCACAAAGCAGCACAAUCGCAAUCCCAGCCAGCCAGUCCGCAAGCCAGUCACGCCCACCGCCCUCGCAACGAGCGGCAGGUCACGGGGCCAGAGGAAAACUCUUUCCGUCACUGUCACCGCGCGGACAUGAUACUUACAGUACCAUACGUGACCGCCCGACCACCGGGCCGGGCUAGCGCGCGUUGGAACCCGGCCAGUGUCGGACACGCACACGCGCCCUCUUCGCCUGGAGGACUGUCGACUUUCUAUGAGGGCUUUAGGCAACCAUCUUCAGCUCCUUCUACUUCUAGUCUUCUACGGGUAGUCGGUAGUUAAGCAUUGCCUUACCUGACACAGACGGGCAGAACCAGGGGUCACUCUUCCGUCUCCUCCGUAGCCACUACGUAGUGUCCGGUCCAGACACAGGCACCGUGGAGCGAUCGCCUUCCUUCGGCUGAUGACGGGCGG